AUGUAUAGGAUGAUUCUGAAUAUAUUUUUAGCAGAGAAAGUGGCUUCCAAGUACACAUUGGUGCAUGCGAAGCACCUGCUACUUAAACCUACACUAGACUCGUACAAGUCUAAUCUGAACGACUCGUACAAGUCUGAUCUGAACGACUCGUACAAGUCUGAUCUGAACGACUCGUACAAGUCUAAUCUGAACGACUCGUACAAGUCUAAUCUGAACGACUCGUACAAGUCUGAUCUGAACGACUCGUACAAGUCUGAUCUGAACGACUCGUACAAGUCUAAUCUGAACGACUCGUACAAGUCUGAUCUGAACGACUCGUACAAGUCUGAUCUGAACGACUCGUACAAGUCUGAUCUGAACGACUCGUACAAGUCUGAUCUGAACGACUCGUACAAGUCUGAUCUGAACGACUCGUACAAGUCUGAUCUGAACGACUCGUACAAGUCUGAUCUGAACGACUCGUACAAGUCUGAUCUGAACGACUCGUACAAGUCUAAUCUGAACGACUCGUACAAGUCUGAUCUGAACGACUCGUACAAGUCUGAUCUGAACGACUCGUACAAGUCUGAUCUGAACGACUCGUACAAGUCUGAUCUGAACGACUCGUACAAGUCUGAUCUGAACGACUCGUACAAGUCUGAUCUGAACGUGAAUGUUGACCAGACCACACACUAG